AUGGGAAAGAAAAAAGGAAAGAAAACGAUGUCAAAAAAGAUGAUGGAUCCGGCGCAGGAGCUUCAACAACCAGGAACAACUUAUACUGACCCUGAAGAGGUGGAUUUUAUGCCAGCUGUGGAGCAGGAUUUUCAAAAACUAGGAAUAGCUACAGACCCUGAAGAGUUCUGGCAUCUUCCCAAGGAGGUUAGGUGGAAGUAUAUUAGGCUGUUAUUUGGGUCAGAAAGGACGCGCUCUAUUGAAAGUAGACCCUCUGCUGAAUUACGUGAAUUCUUUUCCUUCUAUGCUAAGUCCCUAUUCAUGGAUGAUUGUCCAGAUCACCAGUUUGAAGGUGCCUGGACUCUUGCAAAUAUUGUGUCUGGGCCUUCUGAGUAUGUUGAACUGGCGGUUGAUCUCGGUGCUGUGACUUGUUUGAAAAGGCUCCUCAGUUCUCCGAGUGAUGAUGUUCGCGAGCUGGCUGUAUUGGCAUUGGGAAACAUUGCCGGUGACUCUGACAUUCAUCGCGAUGCUGUUUUGAGGGAAGAGGCUUUGGAUCCAUUGCUGAAGCAGUUGCAUGAGCAUGCAAGGCUUUCAAUGCUGAGAGUUUUGUCAUUUACGUUGUUCAACAUUUUUCGGGGCAAGCCUCAAAUUAAUGUGCCUCCUGCCUUUCAAGCUCUUAAUAUACUUGUCUUUUCUGAGGACACACAUCCAAUGCUUGAUGUGCAAAUUCCUGCACUUUGCACAGUCAGAAAAAUUGCAAGAGGGGAUGAUAGUCAGAGAAAGGGGCUGCUACCUUGUUUGUGGACACUUUUGGUUUCUGAUAAUGAAACCAUCCAGAGAGAAGCUUGCCGAACCAUCUCUGACAUUGUUACUGCUGGAAAUGAGGAUCAGAAUCAGGCGUUGAUUCGUGCUGGUUUUAUUGAGCCUUUAAUUUAUGUGCUGACUGCAGACUCUGAUGGUUUGAGGAAAGUAGCUGGGCAAACUGUCUUAGAUGUUAUCUCUGGUGGCUGUCGUUUUAGAAACAAGGUAAAGGGUUUGGAGGGCUUUAUAAAGCCAUUAAGUGAUCUUCUUAUGAGUGAAGAAUCCGUGAUCGUUGAGUUUUGUCUUGAUGGGCUUGCACUCUUGUGUCAGCCCAGUGAUGAAGAAAAGCGACCUGGUGCUUACAAUUUCUUUGCCAGACUGAUUGACGAAGCUCUGGGCUUUGAUCGCAUCGACCACCUGCAAAAAAAGAGCAACGACGAAAACAUCCGGGAAAAAGCAUCUAAGAUAUGGCUGCCGAUGUAUGCAGAGGCACUAAAAUUAUAUAUAUAUUUUGAAGAGAUGGCAGACUUGUGUUUUUGA